AUGGGAGGAAUACUGAAGAACCCGUUACCCAGGGAGCAAGUGACGAAGGAGAACGAGGACGAGUCGUUGGUGGCGUUCCGGAAGCGGGUGUUUGACAACACGCAGUUGAACGCCAAGUUGUCCUCGCACCAGAACAGCAAGCAGUUCAACGCUCAUGUGCCUCGGGACACGAUAUCGCUGAAGCACGCGAAGGAGCAUGGCGAGGGGCAAGAGGCAGAAGGCGCGGAGGAAGGGGAGGAUCUGAGGUGGAACCACAAGAACUUGGAGGACAACGAGGUGACGAAACAGCAGUUCCAGGAUAUCCACAUCGACGAGCCCAAGACACCGUACCAGGGUGCGGUGGACCCGCAGGGGGAGUACUACCGUGUGGACGACGAGGACGAUUUGAACAAUUUCACCUUGGGAGAGGCAGAAGUGGAGGUUCCUUCGAGAGAAGAGACACCCAGUGAUAAUGCAGAAGAGGAAGAGUCCCAAGGCGAUCAAGAUCCAGAGGAGGAGACCCCGGAGGCGCGACACAAGCGGUUUGAGGAGAUGAGGAAGAAGCAUUACAAUGUGCGGGAAAUCUUUCAGCACAAGAAACAGCCGGAAGAAGACGAAGAAGAAGAAGACGACGACGAGAACAGCAAGACUGACUCGUGA